UUGAACGCAGUGUCCGUGCAGUUUAGGCGCUGUUUGUGAAUUAUUAUUUAUCGUUUAGAUUUAAUUACUUUAUAAAUAACAAUAUUUCUACAAAUACAGGUGAGAUAGGAUUCAGCAACGUCUUCUUUGAAUGUGAUCCGAGAUGACUGACGUUAUUGCCGAAUCUGUACUUGAUGCUGAGCAUGGUGACAUAGACAACGAAUUUCGUCAGUACCUCAACAAAGAAUAUCGGGAACAGCGUGUUCGUCCCGAUAUUGCACAUUCUGCCAACCUCUGUCGCCGGGAGGCAAAACAAUGGACGUCUGGAACCGACCGUGCACCUGACGCUGAGCAUGGUGACGGCAGCGGUCCGUCUGAGGUGACAAAGGAUCCAAACAAGAAACCACAAAAGAAAAGGAAAAAUAAUAGCAGCCCAGAGCAUAUGGAAUACGAAUUAAAAAGAAAAAUAUGCGAAGAAAGUCGAUCGGUAUAUAAAAGGAAUUUGCAAGAACGUAAUGCUGUCAAACAAUAUAUUAUCAUAAGUCAAACACUUGAACAACUGCACAACCAAAUAAUCAAAUAUGAAAAUAUAAAACGUGCACAAGACAACGAUUUGCUUAAAUUUAAAGAAACAGAAAAAAGGUAUGAGACUGAAUUCAGCAAAAUUAAACAAAGACGAGCACAGGAGCAGAAAGAGAGGCAAAAAGAACGCGAAAAAUUUGAAUUUAAAAAAGGUAAAAUCGAAGAAGAAAUACAGCAGCAAAAAGAAAAGUAUGACAAGGAGAAAAAAGUGAUGGAUAAACGUCUCGAGAAAUUGAAAAACGAAUUAACUCAAGCAAAACGAGAUUAUGAUAUACAGAAGUUAUUGAACGGAUUUCAAACAGAAAAACUAAAAGUCGAAGAGAAAAUACAGAAGCAUAAAGAAAAGUAUGACAAAGAGAAAAAACUGACCGAACAAAGCCGCGAGGAAUUGAAAAACAAACUAACUCAAGUACAAAAAUAUUUGUCUGCAGCUGAAAAUCAAGUAAAACAAAGUAUUGAAGAAAUGAAACGAGAGGCAGGUGAGAAGGAGAAGGAAUUGAUUAUAAAAAUACAGGAAGUAAAAAGAAUUGAAGAUGAAAAGAAAAAAGAGAUUUACGAAAAAAUUAAAAGUCUUGACCAAAAAGAAAGACAGGAGAGAGAGAGUAUGCAAAAAAGAAUUGAACAAUUGCAAAACACUUGUGAUGGUAAAAAAAUAGAGUUCGAAAACAAAACGCGCAUUUUAGAAUGCGAGGAGAGUGAAAUGGAAAAUGAAAUAUAUAACAAAAUACAAUUUUUGAAAGAAUGUCAAGAAAAAAAAGAAGAAGAUAUAAAUAAAAAUAUCGAGGCCUUAAAAAUCGCUUUAGCUCAAAAUAAAGAAAAAAUUAACAAAAAUAUACAAAACAUAAAUCAAUGCUUGGCAACGGAGGAUAGUAUAAUAAGAAAAGAAAUAGAAAACAAUAAGAAACGUGAAGCUAAGGCACGAUUUGAUAUGGAGAAUAAAAUUAAAGAUUUAAAAAACCAACUAGCUGAAGCUGAAACUCAAGCUAAGCAGAAUAUCGAGAGAAUGCAACGAGAGGCAGAUAAGAAGGAGAAGGAAUUUUAUAUUAAAAUGCAAGAAUUAAAAGCAAAAGAAAAAGAAAUUAACACAGAGACAGAGAAGAAAAUUGGUCAUCUAGAAAAGACAUAUCAAGAUGAAAUAAUCACGAUACAACAACACGAAAUAAAGGUGCAAAAGCACUUAGAACAAAAUAAGCAAAUUUUAAAACAAGCAGUGUUGGAUAGAAAAACAGAAAGCCAGAAUACAAUUCUUGUAUUGAAAAACAAUUUUGCUAUAGAUCGAAACGAACUAAAUAAAACAAUUCAAUUAUUAAAACAAGAUGAGUCUGUAAAGAAGCAGUUAGUAACAGCUGAAAUUAAGCGUUUGCAAGAUAUUGAAGACGACACAAAUGCUAAAAUUAAAGCAUUGGAAGAUCAGUUAGCGAAACUUUCCAAUAAAAUCGAGAAAGAAGACCAAAGAAGUGCCAAGGUAAUAGCCGAACGCCAAAAAGAAAUAGAAAAAGCUAUGGAAGCUCAAAAACAUAAAAAAAUUGCCAUGGACCAAAAUAUUACUAAUUUAGAAAUUACACUAAUUAAGCUAAAAUCGGACGUGGAGGAAAGUUGUAAGAUAAAAGAACAAAGAGAGCAAGAAAUACAAACAAUGAAAAACAUUGAAACACAAAAGAAACUUGAGCUACAAAAUAUCAUCAAAACAUUAGAAGAUGAGUUAACUGCAUAUAGAGUUCAAUUCGAUGAAAGUAUUAAGACGAUUCAAAUGCAAGAAGCUAUAAAAACCAGGGAAGUUCAAACUGAAAUUGAAAGCUUGAGAGAAACCAAAGCUCAGCAGGAAGAUAUUCACAGGAGGAAUCUGAAAACAUUACAAAUGUCAGUGGACAAUCAAAGGAAACAAUUGCAGAGGGAAAUUGAGGCUUUGCAGCAGAUUGAGGCUGAAAAGACCCACAAGAUAGAAAACGAAAUACAAAACCUCCAAGCUACUAAGGAAAGGGUGCGCGCCGAGACCGAGAGCAAUAUCGCUGCGCUACGACAACAUGAAGAGCAGACGAGAAUAGAAAUUGAAAAUGAGAUACAAAACUUCCGGGAACAAGAGAAGAUAGAGCGCGCUCAGAUAAAGAUCAAUAUUGCUGCACUUCAAGAAGAUAAAGCGCAGAGACGAAUGGAAAUAGAAAGAGAGAUACAAAGCCUCCGAGAAGAUGAACAGAGAGUACGUGCCGAAACAGCCAGCAACAUCACUGCACUACAACAACAUGAAGCGCAGAAGAGAAGGGAAAUUGAGAGUGAGAUACAAAUCCUCCGAGAAAACGAGGCGAGAAUACGCGCCGAGACUAACAGUAACAUCGCUAUUAUGUUGAAGGCUAAAACUGAUGUCCAAAGUAGUAUAGCUCAACUCGAGAAACAUUAUGGUGAGACAAAACAAGCACACGAAGCAGAUAUUGAGGACUUGAAACGACAAGAAGCUGAAGAAAGGGCUACUAUUGAGGAGAAUAUUAAAGCGUUGCGAGAUGACUUGGUUUUGAGAAAAGAAGAAUUUCAUACAGUCAUAGACUCUCUGCAACAAGACGAGAACAGAAUACAGAGAGAAAUCGAAGCUGAAAUUGAAAAACUGGACGAUGCUGAGACCAACAGGAGAGAAGAACACAAUAAAAUUGUCAAUGACUUGAAGUUUAAGUUGCGCGAAAAGAAAUCUCAAUUACAUUCUGAAAUUCAAAGAAUACAUGAAAUUGAAGUUCAAACAAGAGAACAAAUAGAGGGACACUUCCAAGCUCUGGAAGCUAUACUAGCUGGGACCAUGAACAGAUAUUGUAACAAUGCUAGUGUUCUACUACGGGGACGCGGGCGAAGACGCUGGCAGAAGCUAGUUUAUGAUGAAGAUGAUAUAAAUACUGGAAUAUUUAUUUAUUGCCAGAUGACUGAAACCGAAGCUGCGCGUGACGGUGAACAAGAUGACGGUAGUGGCCCGUCCGAGGUGAUAACGAUUGCCCUUAGUGCCGAAUCUGCACUUGAUGCUGAGCGUGGUAACAUAUUCGACGAAGUUCUUCAGUGCAUCAACGAACGAUAUGGUGAACAGGACGUUCCUCCCGAUGUUGCACCCCUUGUCAACCUCUGUCGCCGGGAGGCAAAACGAUGGACGAUUGGCCUUAGUGCCGAAUCUGCACUUGAUGCUGAGCGUGGUAACAUAUUCGACAAAGUUCUUCAGUGCAUCAACGAACGAUAUGGUGAACAGGACGUUCCUCCCGAUGUUGCAUGCCUUGUCAACCUCUGUCGCCAGGAGGCAAAAAGAUGGGAGGAGAAGGUGAGGGAAAAUGAACGCGAACAUUUUGAAACUGAAAAUAAUAAUAUCGACGGAGAAAUACAGCAGCAAAAAGAAAAAUAUGACAAGGAGAAAAAACCGAUGGAUGAAUGUCUCGAGAAAUUGAAAAACGAAUUAGCUCAAGCAAAACGAAAUUAUGAUAUACCUCUACAGAAGUUAUUGAACGGAUUUCAAACAGACAAACCAAAAGUCGAAGAGAAAAUACGAAGCAUAAAGAAAAAAAUUGCCAUGGACCAAAAUAUUACUAAUUUAGAAAUUACACUAAUUAAGCUAAAAUCGGACGUGGAGGAAAGUUGUAAGAUAAAAAAACAAAGAGAGCAAGAAAUACAAACAAUGAAAAACAUUGAAACACAAAAGAAACUAGAGCUACAAAAUAUCAUCAAAACAUUAGAAGAUGAGUUAACUGCAUAUAGAGUUCAAUUCGAUGAAAGUAUUAAGACGAUGCAAAUGCAAGAAGCUAUAAAAACCAGGGAAGUUCAAACUCAAAUUGAACGCAUGAGAGAAAGCAAAGUUCAGCAGGAAGAUAUUCACAGGAGGAAUCUGAAAACAUUACAAAUGUCAGUGGACAAUCAAAAGGAACAAUUGCAGAGGGAAAUUGAGGCUUUGCAGCAGAUUGAGGCUGAAAAGACCCACAAGAUAGAAAACGACAUACAAAACCUCCAAGCUACUAAGGAAAGGGUGCGCGCCGAGACCGAGAGCAAUAUCGCUGCGCUACGACAACAUGAAGAGCAGACGAGAAUAGAAAUUGAAAAUAAGAUACAAAACUUCCGGGAACAAGAGAAGAUAGAGCGCGCUCAGAUAAAGAUCAAUAUUGCUGCACUUCAAGAAGAUAAAGCGCAGAGACGAAUGGAAAUAGAAAGAGAGAUACAAAGCCUCCGAGAAGAUGAAGAGAGAGUACGUGCUGAAACAGCCAGCAACAUCACUGCACUACAACAACAUGAAGCGCAGAAUAGAAGGGAAAUUGAGAGUGAUAUACAAAUCCUCCUAGAAAAUGAGGCGAGAUUACGCGUCGAGACUAACAGUAACAUCGCUAUUAUGUUGUAGGCUAAAACUGUUGUCCAAAGUAGUAUAGCUCUACUCGAGAAACAUUAUGGUGAGACAAAACAAGCACACGAAGCAGAUAUUGAGGACUUGAAACGACAAGAAGCUGAAGAAAGGGCUACUAUUGAGGAGAAUAUUAAAGCGUUGCGAGAUGACUUGGUUUUGAGAAAAGAAGAAUUUCAUACAGUCAUAGACUCCCUGCAAUAAGACGAGGACAGAAUACAGAGAGAAAUCGAAGCUGAAAUUGAAAAACUGGACGAUGCUGAGACCAACAGGAGAGAAGAACACAAUAAAAUUGUCGAUGAUUUUUUAUUGUCAAUUUUAAAACGUCGCCGCACACUCGGAUUUCCUUCUGUGGCGUGAGUGUAUAUAAAAACAUACAAACUCACAUUCACACACACAUCCAGACCCGGCACAACAAUGUGUGCAUCACACAAAGAGUGUUUUAAUUCCUUAACUUUAGACUUUUCCAAUUUGUUAUCUUUUAUAGGCUUUCAGACCAACAAAGACUUUAAAUAAUCUAGAUAAGCCGUCUAUACCCAAUUUAUUUUAUCUUUACUGUAUGGAAGGACCGAUAGUAUAAUCUGUAGUCGACAGCGCACUACUGACGUGCGCUGUCAAUCUGAGGGAUGAUAUCCUAUUAAUAUUGUAAAUGCGAAAGUUUGUAUGUUACUCCUACACGUCAAACGGCUGAAGGGAUCGGGAUGUGGAACAGGGGUAGAAUAUGAUCUGGAACAAUAUAUAAUAUAGGCUACUUAUUGUACCACGGGGACGCGGGCGACGACGCUGGCAGAAGCUAGUUUAUCAUAGAGAUGAAUUAUAAAU